AUGGAUUCCCCUCAACCUAACACGGUGGACAAACUCGACUUUAAUCCUGGCCUCCACAUUCUUGCCGACCCCGGAAAAGCGAAGAUCGACACAUGGACCAAAGAUGGCACGUUAUGGCUUCGGGACCUUCUGCCCGAGCGUCUGCCCGUGGCGGCGCGCGUGAUGCUCUUCGAAUACAACUCGAGCCCUGCCAUCGGAGCGGCUGCCAUCAACAUCGAUGACCACGCGAGCAACCUGCUCCACCACCUGUCCAUGAGGCGGAAGGGUGCCUCCCGGAGGCCCAUCGUCUUUGUCUCACACAGCCUGGGAGGUCUCGUGGUAAAGCAAGCCCUUGUGCUAGCGAUGUUGAACCCGAGUUAUAAGCGGAUUCUCAAAUCUACAACUCUCUUGGCCUUCUUCGGUACGCCCCAUCGGGGUGGAAACUUUGCCAACGUGGGAAACACCGCCGCCAGCAUCGUUCGCAAGCUUAUCGGGAAUCCGCGGAACGACCUGGUCAAGGGCCUCAAGAAGCACUUGGACAUGGCGACGGAGCGGUGUGAGGAGUUCCGGCACCUGAGCGACAGGUUCACCAUCCUCAGCUUCUGGGAGACACACCCGUACGGACGGCUCGGCCUCAUCGUGGACAAGGAGUCGGCGACCAUGGGACUGCCUCAGGAGGUGCAGCUGGCUGUCAACGGAGAUCACAGCUCCAUCUGCAAAUUUGCCAGCGCCCACGACAUCGACUGCGAGGUUGUCUUGGCUACCAUCGCGAGCAACAUUGUCGACGCCUUGAUGAUCCAGGAGGCUUCGCGUAGCGUUAGGCGAUACAUGCCCCCAGCCAUGAGGCGCCUAUUCGUAAGGCGCCUCAAGGUACCCAAAACGGUACAAAAGGCUACGGCAACGUCUUUUGAAACAAAGACUACCAUGGCUGAGCGUCUGAAAGUCGAGGAACUUGUCCAUCAGAAUGAGAGCGAGAUACGACCGCGACUCUCCGACGUGUCUCGCAUGUCCAGACUAUCGCUCGCCCCCAGCCGUCAUUCCUUAAUCAAGGACAGUAGGAAUGCGAGGGACUCUUCUGAAACCCUCAGGGCUGUCCCGCAUGUCGUAGACAAGGGACACCAGGUUGAGGAGAGACCAGUGAGACAGCCGAGUAGAGGUUCAAUCCCACUGGUUGAGAAAAGCGAGAAGCAACAGGGGAAGGUGUCUUGUGAGGGUGUCAACAAGAUUUCCGAUAAAGGGGUAUGCACAUCUGAGCCGGCGGAAGGACAGCUUGAAACUAAGUGGGCAUCAGGAUGGAUCUCGCAAAUCUUUUCGAUGGACAACCGUACAGCUUCGGCGCAUUGA